AAAAAGUGUGCAUUCUACGUCGCCUGCCCACCUAGGCACAGUUGCUGAUUUAAGUGCCCACAACCAACCAACAACCGCGCGAGCGACAACCUCAAAAAAACAGCUGCGCGCCCACGGGAGAUCUUGCAAUUCUUUUUUAAAAGGAAAGCCGCACAAAUGCUGUGUACGCCUUCUAUAUUCUCACCCCAACCAUACACCACCCAAUCUCAGCAUAUAGCAACGCAGGCUAAAACCCCCUAUUCAACCCAAACUACUCUCAAACAUGCAAGUCGUGGCUCUGGUAAGCGGCGGCAAGGAUAGCUCCUACAACAUGGUCAAGUGCGUCGAAAACGGCCACGAGAUCGUCGCACUGGCGCACAUCCACCCGCCACUCGACUCUGAAAAGGACGAGCUCGACAGCUACAUGUAUCAGACAGUCGGUUCCAGUGGCAUAAAGACCAUCGCCGAAUGCAUGGAGCUUCCUCUCUAUCUCCAAGAAACCAAGGGCGCAGCCAUCAGGCAGACCCUGGAAUACGAGCAGACGGCGGAUGAUGAAACCGAGGAUCUCUUUACCCUGCUGACCGAGGUCAAAAAGAACCACCCGGAGGUUCUCGGUGUCUCUGUCGGCGCCAUUUUCUCCCGCUACCAGUCCAAUCGCGUCCAGCACGUGUGCGACCGUCUCGGGCUCACCAUGCUGGCGUAUCUCUGGCAGCGCGACCAGGCGGAGCUCCUCCACGAGAUGGUUGAGAACGGCAUCGACGCCAUUCUUAUCAAGGUGGCGUCGCUCGGACUCGAUCGGUGCGAUCUUGGCAUGACGCUGGCGCAGAUGGAGCCUAAGCUUUUGGCUUUAGAGAAAAAGUACGGCGUGCAUGUUUGCGGCGAGGGCGGCGAGUACGAGUCGUUUACUUUGGAUUGCCCGCUGUAUAAGCGCCGCAUUGUGCUGGAUGAGGUUGACGUCGUCAUGCACUCGGACGACGCGUUUUCGCCGGUGCUCUACUUGAGCAUCAAGAAGGCGCAUACUGAGCCAAAGUGAUAAAAUGGAAAGAGGAGUCAAGAAUGUUGCGAAUAUUUGAAAAUUCUUGUUAUAAAAUUUUUUACUGCGAAAUACCCCUUUUUAAACUUUUAAAUGUGGAGACGAUAGCAAAGUGAUGUUUU